GAAAAGAGAGAAAAUCCAUACUAAUCUACUAAUUGAAACAACUUGCUGGUUUUGUCUGUUUGUUUGCGAAUAUACAAAUAGGAGCUUCAAUUUCUGUUGCCGAAAUCCCAAAAUAUAAAAAUAGGAUCUAAUAAGAUUCAGAUAUUCUUUUGAAAUGGAAGCCGAUGUAUCUAUUCCUCUUUCGAAACCCUAAUUUUCUGAGCGUUUGGAAGGAAAGAUUUCUGCUUUCUUCUGUUGUGUCCGUUAAAGGAAAGAGAAUCGUAAGAAUCUGGUGAGUUUUGAUUGGGAAGUAUGAAUUCGGUGGUUGUUUUUUCGGUGAUGUUUCUGUUGAGUGGCUUCUCUCUAAUAUCGGCCAACGUUGUGCUGAUUGGGAAUAAUGUCACACUCUCUUUCGACGACAUCGAAGCCAAUUUCGCUCCAGCAAUAAAAGGAUCUGGGGAAUGUGGAGUUUUGUAUUCAGCAGAGCCUGUUGAUGCGUGUUCUAAAUUAACAAAUAAAGUUAAGCCAGCAAAAAACGGGAGCUCCCCAUUUGCUCUAAUAAUUAGGGGAGGGUGCAGUUUUGAAGAGAAAGUUCGAAGAGCACAAGAGGCUGGCUUUAAAGCUGCGAUUGUCUAUGAUAAUGAAAAUGGUGGUGCCUUGGUUGCAAUGGCAGGAAAUUCGGCCGGCAUAAAGAUACAUGCUGUCUUUGUUUCCAAGGCUUCUGGUGAGAAACUAAAGAAAUAUGCAGGGCUUACAGAUAUGGAAGUGUGGCUAAUACCAAGCUUUGAAAAUUCAGCAUGGUCAAUUAUGGCAAUAUCCUUCAUCUCCCUGCUAGCAAUGUCUGCAGUGCUAGCUACUUGUUUCUUCGUUCGCAGGCAUAGAAUAAGACGAGAACGCCCUCGAGCUUCUCAUGUUCGGGAAUUUCAUGGGAUGAGCAGUCGCUUGGUGAGAGCAAUGCCUAGUCUGAUAUUUACUGCUGUUUUAGAAGAUAAUUGCACUUCAAUCACUUGUGCCAUAUGCCUUGAAGACUACAGUGUAGGAGAGAAGCUCAGGAUUUUGCCAUGUCGUCACAAGUUCCACGCUUUCUGUGUUGAUUCUUGGCUUACUUCAUGGAGGACAUUUUGCCCGGUUUGCAAACGCGAUGCUAGAACUUCCACAGGUGAUCCACCAGCUUCAGAAUCGACACCGUUGCUUUCUUCCAGCCCAGCUUCCGUAGCUUCCUCGUCUGUGCUGUCAUCAGUGCGGUCAUCACUAGCAUCAUCGUCAGCCAUACAGAUUGCCCCAGCAUCCUCUCGUUCCCCUUCCCUUUCUCGUCCUUACUCUCUCGCAAGCACUUCAUAUGUUCAGCAAUCUCUUAGGUCGUCCUACCGCCAAUCACCCUCCCCGGGCGUAAGCCGGAGCUCAUUGGAUCUUCAGAAUGCGUCUUCCCAGAGAUCUCAUGCUUCUCAUUUGGUUUCAGGCUAUUCCUUGGGUUACCCUUCUUUUUCGCCUCUUAACUCGAGAUACUUGUCUCCGCACAUUCCUAGCCCCAGCAAUGCCUCACCGCCCUUUGUGAGCUCCUCUAGUCAUCAGCACAACCCGCUGCAUUGCAGUGAGUCUGCUGCGAGUUUCUCUCCGUUUGCUUCUGCUCAGUCCCUACCGGAAUGUUGAUCAAACCCUUGCGUGUGAUUGAAAGUUGAGAGAAGAGAACUGACCCGCUUUAAACCUUCCAGGGAAGACAGAGAAAACCAGAGAAACGACAGUAAGUCCACUGUGCUUUCAUAUUACUACUUGCGUGUGAUUGGGUUUCAUCUAUGCAGUGGCUAGUUUGUGCUGGGUUCUGCUUCGAUGUUUCUUCAUGUUGCAUACUUGCGUGUACAUUAUUGCGUUAUAGUGUAAGAUUGCCAUUAAUUUUGAAUUAAGAGAAUUAGUUGCGUUUUUC